CGCCCCUAGUAAUUCAUGUUUUUAGAUUACUAACAAUAACAAUAUGGCGUCUAACAGGAGAACUUCGCGAUCACGAAGUUCACCAUCAUUUUCUUCUAAAAGAAAAAAGCUAAACAGUCCAUUGGUGCCUAAAUUGCUAGAACCAGAACAAGAGGAUGGAGAAACUGUGACAGUAGCAGAUGUUGAUGAUGGAGAAAAUUUGACAGUAGCAGAUGUGGAUGAUGGAGAAAAUUUGCUAAUAACAAAUGUGGAUGAUGUAGAAAGUUUGACAGUAGCGGAUGUGGACGAUGGAGAAAAUUUGACAAUAGCAGAUGUAGAUGAUGGAGAAAAUUUGACAAUAGCAGAUGUGGAUGAAUCUGAAAUAGCUGAAGAGAUAGUUGUGACAGUUGAUGUGACUACCUCCAAUGAGGAUGUCACACAUACAUCAGAUAGUUUAAAUGAUUCCUUGGCAACUAUACAGACAACUGUCACGGUCCCAGGUGGCCAGGUAGUAACUGAAGACACAACUGAGUCAGAUAGACCCAGCUCCGCAUUUGUUUUUAAAGAUUCUAAUUUUGUUCAUUCUAGUAAAGGCAUUGCUGGAAAUAAAAGGACAAGGGUGUGGAAAAAUCUGAAGCAAAUAGUUGCAGCAGAGAGGGCGCUGCAGUGGGGACCAGAUGAUGUCACUUAUGGUUCAAUUGAUGCGCCUCCAUCUUUUCGACCUGCUAAAAAGUAUUCAGACAUUUCAGGGCUUGAGGCAAAAUAUACAGACCCACGCACAAAAAUGCGGUAUGCUAAUUCAGACGAGUACAGGAGGGUCCAUUUAUUACCUAAUGAUAUCAUAACUGGAUGUUUGCAACUUCGUAAAGCUAAUACUCUAAUGCCUUGAGUUAUAAUAUGUUAUGUUUUUAUUAAAAAAUACUU